UAUCAUGAGUUCGACGGCAGCAAACGCUCUGGUUUUCUUGGUUGUUCUUACUCUACACACGUUGUCUGAAGUUUCAAGUUGUUCGUCAGGAUGGACUCUCAGUGGAAGUAGUUGCUAUCGCCGUUUCAAUACGAAGAAAACGUGGGAUAAUGCUGAAGCUGAUUGUGUCAAGAGAGGCGGACAUCUCGUAUCUAUUGGGUCAGCACUUGAAAAUACUCUAGUGUAUGACAUAGAAGGAAGCAACAACAGCAAGAUCGUUUGGAUUGGAAUAAACAAAGAUAGGUCAAGCAAAUUUUGGAGUGAUGGUACAGAUAUUUCAUAUACGCAUUGGGAUAUCAAUCCACGACGACGACGACAACGACCACUUGACGACAAAGAUUGCUCAAGAAUGUUUACCAACAGUUGGUGGCACUAUCAAGACUGUACAAAUGUGUAUUAUUACGUUUGUGAAACACUCGUCCCGACAACCAACCCUCCUACUACUAUUGUAUCUUCAGUGCAAAUAUCUACCGCACAGUCAACCACUGUUGCAGCCACUACGAAUCGUUCUACAACCAGAAAUCCCACCACGUCUGCCUCAAUUACAACGCAAUCGACGUCAGUAGCAACGACUGUUGUAUCACCGACUACUGCUGAAGGCAGCACACAGUUGGUGUUUACUACAGUUUCCACGUCUUCUCCGAUAACAACGCAAUCUACGUCAGCACCGACAACCGUAUCAUUGUCAGCUACUGCUGAAGGCAGCACACAAUUGCCUACCACCACUUCUACGUCUGUGUCAGUUGCAACGCGAUCUACAUCAAUGCCCACAACUGUUUCACGUCCCAACACUGUUGAAGUCAGCACACAACUGCCCACUACAACUUCUACGCUUGCGUCAUCCAGAAAGGCUACAAAAGCAACAACCCGUAUGUCAAGAACAACGACUGCUCGCGCUAGUGACGCUCUUUCUGCACCAAUUAGCUCAACACCUUUGUUGACUGUUUUGCCUCGUCGUUCUACAGAGGCUAUGGUCACGGAACGUAAAUUCACGUCACAAAUACACACAACACAAAUUUCUAGGGUCAGCAAUUCCAUCCAGUCAACGUCAGCCACAACUCCUGAGACAACGACACAACCGACUGCAAAUCUAAACGUGCAUAUAAUAGCAAAUGAAGCAAGAUCGAGUUCUUCAAACACCACAAUGUACGCAGCAGUUGGUGCUGCAAUUGUAGUUAUUGUUUUAAUCGUGUCUGUAAUUUCUGUCUUUCUCUUCUGGAGAAGAAGAGAAGGAAAGUCGGGUUUUAAAACAAUUCAAUCACAAGAACAUGUGGCAGACAAAUCAUAUGCAAACGGUAUUGUAGUUAAUUCUACAAUUUCAGGCGUUUUCUUUACUAAAAGUGGGUGGGCGGAUGACUUGGAACUUACAGCAACUUCAUCAAAUAGACGACAUGGAAAAAGAAACGCGUCAAAUACAAUAAAUGUAAAGACAUCAGACGAUAUGCAGUUGAAUCAACUAUAUAGCACGCGAAAUCCGAUAACUGAAGACUUCUCAACGGCUGCGUCUCAUAAAGAUUCAAGAUCUGACAAAAUUAAUAUACUCUAUCAAUCAGCAGAUCAGUUGGAGAGACCGACGGCACGUGAGUCAGAGAACGUCAUUUACAAUAUGUGACGUGCUGCUGCAUGGGGUACAACUAGCAGUCACAUGUACGUGUUACGAUUUUACGUCAUUGUGUUAGCAAUGACGUUAGAGAUAAAAUUAAAUCAGCAAUAUGUUUUGAUUUUGUAAAAUACA